AAAUAGUGGCCGAAUACAAUUUCUUAUCAAUAGUUGAUUAUUGAUAGUUGUGUGUUAUCGAUUAUAUUGAAAUAAUUUUUUUUAGAAUUGAAUAUGGAUGAAACUUUACCGAAAUUUCAUGUUCAAAUUACCGAAGAUAGACUACACGAUGGUGCUCGUGAAUUGAUCUCGAAAAUUCGUCCAGAAUGGCCAUUGAACAAAUUAUUAUUCAAAAUUUUCACUGAUGGCAUUACAAAUCGUUUAAUUGGUGUUUAUGUUGAUCCACGAAACAAACAUCAUGAUGAUAUGAUUCUGAUUCGAAUAUAUGGCCAAAAUACUGAUCUAUUUAUUGAUCGAAAUGUUGAAUGUCGUAAUAUGAGGAUCAUGUAUAAACAUGGUCUAUCGGCACCAAUUUAUGGCACAUUUUUAAAUGGAAUUUGUUAUGGAUAUUCACCAGGGAAGGUACUUGAUGAAAAUCUUGUUCGUGAUCCAAAUAUUAGCCGAUUGAUUGCCGAAAAAAUGGCACAAAUGCAUACGUUAAAACCAUUGAAAACAACAGCAAUAAACAAUAUUCAACAAUCACCUAUACAAGCUUGUCUUUUUCGGGAUUUGAGAAAAUUUAUCGCAAUUGUUGACAGUGCCUUGCCAUUGAAACUUCAUCCAACCACCAGUAGAAGAUUAAAAAACUAUUGUGAUAUAGAAAAUUUGAAAACCGAACUUGAAUACUUGCAACAAAUAUUAACUCCUUUACAUUCGCCCAUUGUUUUUUGUCACAAUGAUCUAUUGUUGAAGAAUAUCAUAUUCAAUGAAUCGACCAACAACGUUACAUUUAUUGAUUUUGAAUAUUCCGAUUACAAUUAUCAAGCCUUCGAUAUUGCCAAUCAUUUUUGUGAAUUUUGUGGUGUAAAUUCCUUUGAUUAUAAUCUAUAUCCGAAUCAAGAAUUUCAAUUUCGUUGGCUUAAAAUUUAUCUAAGAAAAUUGUAUUCACUUACUAAUGGUAAUGUGGAUGAUAAUCAAUUAGAUGAUUCUAUACUUGAACGAAAUGUUGAAACAUUAUUCAAUGCAGUGAACAAAUUUACAUUGGCAUCAUGUCUUUAUUGGGGCAUAUGGGCAUUAGUUCAAAUGUCAAAUUCUUCCAUCGAUUUUGAUUAUAAAUCAUUCGCCUUUCAACGUUUAGAUGAAUAUUAUAGACGAAAAAAACAUCUAUCAUUUGUUUGAUGAAUACAAUCGCCUUUAAAAUACUGUUUUUUUUUUUUUUUAUUACUUUACUUUUAUCAUCUUUCCAUUUAUCAAGACCAUUUGGUCGAUAUUCCAUUUUGUUAACAUAUCUCGAAAGUUGUAAUUGAUUAAUUAUUUCAAUAAAAAAAAAUUAUUAUUUUUAUUCAAAAUAAAAAUAAAAAUAAAA